CGGGCGAGUCCGACUGGGAUGGGGGGCGGAUGGCGGGGCCUGGUCCGGCUGGGUCUCCGCGGUGGGCGGAUGGCGGGGCCGGGCGGGUGUCAGCGCCGGGCGGGGGUUGCAGGGCCGGGAUCGGCUGGUCGGGACUGGGCUGUGCCGGUCGGUGCCGGCCCGGCCGUGUCCCAGUGCCGUGCCGGUGCUGGGGGCUGUGCCGGUCGGUGCCGGCCGUGCCUCAGUGCGGGGCUGAGGGCUGGGCUGUGCCGGUCGGUGCCGGCCGUGCCUCAGUGCGGGGCUGAGGGCUGGGCUGUGCCGGCCGUGCCUCAGUGCCGCCCCGUUUGCAGGACUGGCCGCCGCGGGUGCGGGCGGCCCCGCGGUGCGGGCGGUGCGGGCGGGCGCUGUCGCUGCUGGUGCAGGUGUACUGCCCGCUGGAGCGCGGGCCCGCGCACCGCGCCCUGCACGUGUUCGCCUGCGCCGCGCCCGGCUGCGGCCCCGCCGCGCACAGGUGAGCCCGGGGGAUGGAGCCCGCGGCAUGGGGGGUGUUCCUGCGGCUCUUCCCCGCUCACCGUGUCUCUCUUUGCCCCACGCCGAAGCUGGAAGGUGCUGCGCUCCCAGUACUCGCAGGCGCAGGAGAAGGAAGCCCGAGCCCAGCCCGUGCCACAGAAACAAGGAUCAAGCUUUGCUGCAAAGGAUUGGUGUGAGGAGGCAGAUGACUGGGGAGUCAGUGAUGCAGCAGAGCCUCCUGCAUGUGCCUCCCUGCUGGGCUUGGGUGAAGCAGUGAGCAGCUCCUUGUCCAGAGAGCUGGACUGUGCAUCCCAGCUCCAACAGCUUCGCUUGGCUGAGGCUGCAGAGGGCUCAGGUUCCCAGGACACACAUCCUGCAGCCAGUGAGGAAAUGGUAAUGGAAACACCUGGUCCUGCUCCUGUCUUCCAACCCUUUUAUAUUAAUGUGGUGGAUGAGGAAGACUGCAGUGGCUUCCUGGAUACAGACCAUGCAGAUGAGCUACUGAAGGAGUAUCAGCAGAGAGAGGGGCUUGAUUUGGAACAGAUGAUGUCAGAAAGCUUUGCAGAUGAAGGUGGUAAUGAAAAAUAUGAGAAGAGUGAAGUCAAAAGCUGGGACCACACGUUUCAUAAAUUUAUGAAAAGAAUAUCUCUGUGUCCUGAACAGAUUCUAAGAUACUCCUGGGGUGGGCAGCCUUUGUUCAUCACGUGUCCUCCAGCCAACAUCAGCCAGGGCGUUCCAGCCUGCAGUACCUGUGGGAGCAGCAGAGUGUUUGAGCUGCAGCUGAUGCCAGCCCUGCUCAGCCUGCUCCAGAGUGACUCAGAUCUGUCAGUGGAAUUUGGAACUGUUAUAGUUUACACGUGCGAGAGAAGCUGUUGGCCAACAAAUCACCAAACACCUCUUGAAGAAUUUAUUUUUGUACAAGAAGACCCAGAUCAGAAAUUAUUUAAAUAAAUUGUAUUUCUCUACAUAGAUGAAAA